AUGGCUGAAGCUUUUUCUAAGCGGCAGGAAAAACCAACCCACCGAACACCCUCUCAGUACAAACAAGCAGUAGGAAGAUCGAUACGAAAUCCUCCUGUAGGUUAUGUCGUUAACAGUCAUCACAUCAAAUGGGGAUACCGUUUCGAGGAAGACGUCAAGAAAUAUAACCCGCUUCUAGGCAGUCUUGAGCAAGUUUUCUCUAAGCCCUUGUUUUGCUGUGGAGGAAGUUUACAGCCACCAGAUUUUGAUAAACUUACUUUAAAAGUGAAGCCAACAAAAGACAAGGAGCACUGGCUUGAAUACAAGCUGGCGGAUCUUCCUGUGGAAGAGUUGUUAAAAUAUUGCAGUCCUGCACCGUUCGGAGACUUAAGGGAAAUGAAAACAGUGCUUGAUUCCGAAGUUCGUCUGGCUUACAAAAUUGAAACCGAAAGAUUCAAGAUUGGUUCGUCGCCGAGAGGGCUUGAAGUUGUUCCAGGGGGAAUAUGUAUUGACAUUGAAGACACCCUGACUCCGGGAAGAUAUGUGAAACUUGAUCCUUACAAAGUCAAUGUUUACAACGGAGGGGGCUUUUUUAAGCCCCAUGCCGACAGUCCUUCUGGUGAUGAAAUGAUAGGCACGCUUGUCCUUUGCCUUCCAUCACCCCACAAGGGAGGGGAACUGUGCGUUAGCCACGAUGGUUUAGAGCACGUAUUUGACUUCUCACAGCGUUCUGGAGAAGCUAACAGAGUUCAGUGGGCCGCGUUUUACAGCAACUGCAUUCACGAGAUUAAACCUGUUCUCGAAGGACACAGAGUUACCGUUACCUACAACAUAACUCUACCAAAUGAUCGUCACAAGCAACGUGGAGCCGAGUUUAUUCUGGGAUAUUCUGUACCUGUAAAAGAACAUUUUGAAGUAAGCACAGAGAGUCAUUCCAUGAUUGCCAAAAAUCUUGCCAACGUACACGAUGAACUGUAUAAGAUUCGCCAACAGGUCAGUGGUUCACCUUCUCAUAUUGGAAUUAUUUUAAAGCACAAAUACAUCUCCAAGGGGCUUCAACAACGUCUGCUCAAAGGAGAAGACAAAGUGUUGUAUGACUUUUUAAUUGAGAAACAGUGGGAGUGCACGCUAAUGAGUGUGCUGUCACGAUACCAGACCGAGGCAGUGUAUCCAGACAUUGAAGAUGCAGAACUAGAGGAAAGUCACGAAAUAUACGAAUUGAAUCAAUUGCCUUCCUCCCCUUUCGCUGUUACCAGUGAAGCCCCUCGUAACUACUGGCCAAUUGGAUUACGCAGAGACCAUCGAAAAUGGCGUGCGGGUAUCCCCUUCAUCGACAUUUACAGAAGAGACGAAAAUGGCACACUGGUUCGAAAUGACGAAGGGCACGGCCAAUGGCUGGCGAACGAUGUUGAAGCUGUUGGAGUAGACAAGAUUUAUUUGGAGUCAGCAGUUAUUGUGGAACUUUGUGAGAAACCGUAA